UAAAAAGAAAAAGCAGAGACUUAGCCAACAGCAUAGGUUACUAGCUUAUCUGAAACCUUUCUAUUUUUACCAUAUACUUCAGGUUUUAAAAUUUCGAUCUCUACAUAGGAAGCCAAUAAUGAGGACAGUAAUGCAUAUUAUAAUACUCCUUGUGCAUGUGCUUCAUGUCCAGCAAACAGUCUCCAACCUGGUGCAGUGUUAUGGCACUUUUCACCCAACAGAUGGAACAUGCAGUAACAUUAUGGGGAAAGUGCCACAAGAUGACUGUUGUAUGAACCCUGUAUAUGGCUUUCAGGAUGAAGACGGUGUUUGCAAGUCUUGCAGGCAUGCUUCAUGGACCACAUGGUCCCCCUGGAGUUUAUGCUCAGUGAGUUGUACUGAAGGAGUGAGACAGAGACGACGUGCCUGCUAUGGCAUUGGGGAGUGCCCUGACCCUCACCUUUUGGGAGAGAUACAAACUGAACCUUGUGAAGACAUCAGCUGCUGUCCAGAAAAUGGAGCAUGGUCUGAAUGGAGUCCAUGGCAGCCAUGUUCAGUUACAUGUGAAAAAGGACUAAAAAAGAGGAAGAGGACCUGCUCUAACCCACCUCCCAAAUGUGGUGGUGUUUGCCACGGCAACAGCGAGGAAACCGAAAAUUGUGACACGGGGAUUGUCUGCCCAACUCAUGGAGGCUGGUCUGCAUGGGGUAACUGGGGUGCCUGUGCAGGGACAUGUGAAGUAGAGGGGAUUUCACCACCUCAACAGGAGAGAUACAGAACAUGUACAAACCCUCCGCCGUCUGUUGUACCACGUGGCAGUGAUUGCCCAGGCUCAAGCACAGACAGUCAAUACUGCAGAGGACUGCCUUUCUGUUCAGUAAAUGGAAACUGGGGGGCUUGGUCAGAAGCCUCUGAUUGCUCUGUGACGUGUGGAGUGGGACUACAGACACAGCAUCGUAAAUGUGACAAUCCUGUACCCAAAUAUGGAGGCCAGGGCUGCCCAGGAGAAAAGACCAAAAAACUGCUCUGCACUAUUCCAAAAAACUGCCCAGCGAAUGGUGAAUGGAGUGAGUGGUCUGCAUGGUAUGGCUGUAUUUCACCAAACCAAAGGCAAAUUACGUGCAAGAAUAGAAUGGGGAGGCGAAGGAGACUGAGAGACUGUUUAGGCAGGGAAUAUGGAGGAGCUUUCUGUGAGGGAGAGGGUGUAGAGUUUGAGCGCUGCUAUGAUAUUGAAGGCUGUAAAGCUGGGCCUGAUCAACAAAUACCAAGAGCCCUAUGGUCAGAAUGGUCCAAAUGGGGUUACUGUAAACCUGACUGUGGAGUAUCUUCAACACAGACAAGGAAACGGGUGUGUAUACCCGACAUCUCAAAGUAUAGUGAACCGAAUAUGGAGCUGUUCGCAGGAAACCCGGAUAUUAACUGCCCAUCCUUGGCAGAGACAAAAGGGACCAGACCAUGCCUAAAUCUUCCACCAUGUUAGAUCAGGUUUAUGGUCAUCAGGUGCACUCAGAAAUGGUAAAUGAAGUGUUAAUGGAAGCUUUAUCUACAAUGUUUCUAAGCUUUUCUUUCUGUGAUGCCUGUUUGUGUAAGCUUUCUGCUAUUCAUUCUGCCAGUAUGUACCAAAACACACCUAGCACACACUUAAUGCACUGCACUGGAAGUGUAGUAAUUGUAUUCCCAUUUGAAAUACAUUUGUAACAUUUAUGACUGUGUGUUUUCAUUUCACUUUAUGGUAGGACUGCAAGCAAAAUCGUAGAAUCUUAUAAAUAAACAUUUCUUUUUAAAAUAAAAUUAUACAUAGGCCUAUAUUAUAUACUUACCUGACUUUAUUUCUCUUUUUUGCUUGUAUUUACUGUACAUUUUCCUCUUUACUUGCAUUAUAUUAAUAAAACACACUAUUAUGUCUUGAAA